UCGCAGUGAACAACACUACGCGCUCUGAGUAGUGUCAUCAAUCAAGUGGAUAGAUCACAAAUCAAUAGCAGUAUCAAUAGCAAUAUAAAUAUCAAAAUGGCAUUCCGUUUCACGUCCUUAAUCGCGUUCGGUUGUUUGCUGCUGCUGUCAGCGUCGUCGGCUGUUCAGGGAGCUGCCAUCGAUAAUGCGGUCACGCCCCGCAUUCACAGCUCCGAUGAGCUUAUCUCAACCAUUGUGGAUAAGUGCUUCCAUGCCAAUGCCAUGCAUUGCCUCAAGGAGAAAGUUUUGACCUAUCUGGACACCGUUGCCAAUGUCGAGGAGGAGGUCAGCGGUCGUGCCUUCGAUGAUGAUGUCAUCGACAAGGUCAUCGUCGAUCGUCUCGCUCGUAUUCUGCGCACCAACGAGGUGCGCGUCCAGCUGCCUGAGACAUUCUUUGCCAGCUCCGUGAUGACCUAUCGCUCUGAUCGCGGUUUCGACUUGGAGCUGCCCAAAGAGGAAGGCCGUGCUGAGAAGAAGAACAAGGACAAACUCUUCCUGCCUCUGCUGCUGCUCAUGAAGCUCAAGCUGAAGGUUGUCAUGCCCAUUCUGCUCGCUCUCGUCAGUCUGAAGGCCACCAAGGCUCUGAUCUUGUCCAAGAUUGCCAUUAAGCUGGUGCUCGGCUUCCUCAUCUACAACCUCAUCCAGAAGUUGGGCGGCAUGAAGAUGAACAUGGUCCCGAUGCCAGCUCCCAUGCCAGCUGCUGAAUACGGUGUGCCCAGCACCACGGCCUCGUCGUACGAUCCCAGCAGCUGGGAGCCAAUGAGCGGUGGCCCAUAUGCCCGUUGGGACUCACAGAACUUGGCCUAUAGCUCAUACCACCCAAGCAGCUCAUCCUCUUACACCUCCUCGUCCCCCUCGUCGAGCAGCUCGUCCAGCUACAGCUCCUCGUCUUAAGCCGGGGCAACCUUCAAAAUGCCGUUGUUAACGUAUGUAAAUACCAAGGAACUGAGUGUCGCCAGUUGAGACUCGGAGUAAGCAGACCAAAAUGGAACCGGAACAUGCCUAGGCCAUAUAUUUAGUUGUUAAGUUUAAGCUGCGCGACUUUUAGCCAUUCUUCCUUCUCUUUCCACUCUGAGCUAUUCUCUAACGACUUUUCUGCCUUAGCCUUCAAUCUAUUCGCAUUUCUCCAGCUAACGCCUUAUUUUUCCUACAGAA